AUGGCAGCAACAAAUGAACAAAUUCAACAAGCAGUUGAAAGUUUCUUUCUUCUGUUCAAUGGUGUAAUCAUUUUUUUAAUGAGUUUUGGUUAUACACUCAUUGAAUCAGGUGGUGUUCGAAGUCAAAAUGCAGGUCAUAGUUUAUUUAAAACUCUUCUUAUUCUUAUUACAUCGGCAAUUGCUUAUUGGAUAAGUGGUUAUGCAUUUUCUUUUGGUGGCGAUGCAAAUGUUAUAUUAGGUACACGUUUUUGGGCAAGUGAACGUUUUGGUGCCAAAGAUCGUUAUCCAAACGUUGAAAAUUUUACAAGUUCAAAUAAUAUCUAUAAAUUAAAUAAUCAAGAUCCAUAUAUACAUUAUUUUUACCAUUAUAUGUUGGCAUUUCUUGUUACAAAUAUAGCAGCUAGUUCAUUUGCUGAACGUUGUCGAGUACCAGUCUAUGUACUUUUUUCAAUCAUUAUGUCUGGAUUUGUCUAUCCAUUUCUUGCACAUUGGAUGUGGGGUACUAAUGGUUGGCUUGGCGCAGUUGUUGGUGCACGAGAUUAUGGCGGUAGUGCAAUAAUAUUUUUGACAGCAGGUGUUGCUGCUUUAAUUGGUACAAUUUUUCUUGGUCCACGUUUCGGUCGAUUUGAACCACGUACAUUACCUUUAUUCGGUCAUAGUAUUCCGGUUACAUCAGUUGGUGCGAUUCUUGUUGCAUUUGGAUUUUUUGUACUCAAUUCGGGUGCUGAUCAUCGUAUAACAGGACGAGCUUAUGGUGAUCGAGUUGGACAUGGACUUGUUAAUACACUUUUAUCAGGAGCAACAUCAGGUGGAACAUAUUAUCUUUUACAAAGAAUUAUUGAAAAUAUACAAUCAUCACCAAAACAUCUUAAACGACGUGUAUUUUUAUCAACAGUUAAUUCAAUUCUUGCUGGUAUGGUUGCGGUUGCUGGCGGAGCGGUUGCAUAUAAUCCAUGGUCAGCUGUUAUUAUUGGUUUUAUUGCUGCAUUAAGUUUCUUAUUAUGGAGUAAAUUAUUAAUUAAAAUUCAAAUUGAUGAUCCAGUUGAAACAGCUGCUGUUCAUAUUGGUGGAGGUUUAUGGGGUAUUUUUGCUGUACCAAUCUUUCGACGAACAAUUGGACCAAAUGUCAAUGGUGAAUUUGUUGAAGAUGUAUUCAAUUCAAUUAUCUAUCGAUUUGGUUAUGGAGAAAGCUGGCGGGGAUUACUUAAUUCAUUAUGUACGGCAGCAGUUGUUAUGGCUUGGACAGCUUUCUUUAUUGGUUUACUUUUCCUCUUACUUAAACUUCUUAAUUUAUUAAAAGUAUCAAAAGAAGAAGAAUUACGAGGUAUUGAUUUAUUUCAACAUGGUGAACCGGCUUAUGCACUUCGUAUCUAUUGUGCUGCAUGUGGAGAACAAUUACAAGGUAAAACCAUUGAACAAGAAACAAAUGGAGCUGGUGCACGCUCGAAUUUUCCAACAAUUGUUACUGAUGCUGAAGGCGCCAUCGUCCCUAUCGAAUAUUUCAGUGACCGACAUGGAACUGGAAAUAGUACAGAUACAUCAAAAAUAAAAUCAUUAAACGAAGAAAAUCGUGUCUGA